AUGGAACGCCUCGAUUGCGCUGUGAUCGGCAGCGGUGUUUACGGAUUAGCCGCCGCCAAGCAGUACCAGGCCACGCACCCCGACGAGAAGCUGGUCAUUUACGAGUCGCGUCCCUGUCUAGGCGGGACGUGGUCGGAAGAGCGGCUGUACCCGAACCUCAAGACGAACAACCUUUUAGGCACCUUUGAGUACCCAGACUUCCCGCUUGAUCCCGCAGCUGUCAAUUUGCGGCCUGCCAAAGAUCAUAUCCCAGGCGAGACGGCCAAUGCAUACUUCAAGGCCUACGCCCGCCGCUUCGGCAUUGAUGGGCUUAUCCAGUUCAACACCAAGGUCAUCGUCGCCGAACACCAGGAGGACACGGCAGAGGGUGGCUGGGUGCUUACGAUUGAGAAGACGGAGGAAUUAAACACUCCCAGCAAGGUCUUCGCCCGUCGCCUAGUUGUUGCGACCGGUCUAACUACCGACCCGAUUCUGCCUACCUUUGACGGGCAGGACACUUUUGGUGCUCCCAUCUUCCAUGCCAAGGACUUUUCUCAGUAUGCCGAUACUCUGAAGACGGCAAAGAGUGCAACUGUGUAUGGAGUUGGCAAAUAUGCCUGGGAUGUGGCGUAUUCGUAUGCCGCAGCCGGUGUGCCAGUCAACUGGGUUAUCCGCGCCUCUGGUCACGGCUUAGGCUGGGUUACGACCCCGCGUGUGUCGCCUUUUAAAUUAUGGCUCGAAAAGCUUGCGCACACUCGUCUCAUGACUUGGUUCAGCCCAUCCAUCUGGUCCGAAUCCGAUGGAUUCGGUUGGAUCCAGCGAUUCCUGCAUCGCACCUGGCUUGGCCAGCUAAUUGUUAUUGCCGUGUGGAAAAUUAUCAGCUCCGAUGUUAUUGAGCUUUGUGGCUUUGACAAGCACCCUGAGACAGCCAAACUCAAGGCUUGGAUUCCUCUCAUGUAUACAGCGACCAGCCUCAGCAUGCUCAACUAUGAAACCGACAUGUUUGAGCUUGUUCGAAGCGGUGUGAUUAAGGUCCACGUGAGUGAAAUUGAGAAGCUCAGCCCGGGCGAGGUACAUCUGAGCGACGGCACGACAUUCAAAUCCGAUGUCAUGAUGGCAUACGCUGGCUGGCAGCAGUCGCCUCCGGUCAAGUUCUUGCCCGAGGGUAUAGAAGCCGAGCUUGGGCUGCCUCAUUCGCGAACUGACGGCGAAUGGGAUCCGGAUACCGGAAAGCAAGCACAACUUAUCAAGCGUGCCGACGAUGAGAUUCUAACCAAGCUCCCGAUGCUUAAGGAUCAGCCACAAUUCCCCAACUAUGUUCCCAUCACAAAGCAAGGCGGCGUCGUGACGAACAAUGCUAAACCUCAAACGGGCUACAUGCUGUACCGCUUCCUCGCUCCGCAGUCAGCAAGGCUGCUGCGGUACCAUGACAUUGCCUUUACUGGUCUCAUGUACAACUUGAGCACCCUGACUACCGCUCAUGUCAGUGGUCUGUGGAUCAGCGCUUUCCUUGACGGAAAGCUGGACAACAACCCUUCCGACAUUGUCGCAGACGAGGACGCCUACAACAAGCUGCAAUACCAAAAUUAUGCUGCUCCGUGA